AUGGCAGAAACAGCACCGUCGCCAACGAUAUCCGCCGAUAAGACCCGACCUCGCCCGCUGCACGUGUCCCGAUCAUUUACCCGGAUGGAGAGCCUCUCGCCCACUCCCUCCUCUUCCAGGAAGACCGCGAGCACUCUGCAAGAGUCGGGCAUUACAGCGGUCCCCGAGGCGAGGCACAUCGAGACGUCGCCAGAACUCGCAGGCAAGAAGCAAGUGACGGAUGUAUUCGAAGGCAAUGGGGAAGAGGAACAUCAUGAGGAUGGUGAAGGGCACGAGGUCAAGCCGGAGCUGAAGGUACCCAGCACCUUCGAUGAGCUUCCCGUUGAGAUCAAGAGCUUGUGUGAGCGAUUCUUGGAGAGUCUGACCGCAAAAGUCCAUCCUACUCCUCUGACCGCGGAUCAGCUGUCGCAGCUGUUUCAAGACUUCUACGAAAGGGCUGCUUCGCUCAUAGAUGUGCAUAUCAAGAACUUGGCUUCCAGGAUAGGUCGCGAAACACGUUCUAGCUCAUCAGCCAGUCUGAGGAAACAGUCCGGCAGGUCAAGGGCUGGUUCUGGAGCCAAAGGCACCCUCGACGAUAUUACCGAAAAUUUAGGAGGAGAAAUGCUUACGCCAUCGGAGGUGGCGGAUAGGAGAAAGGCUAGAAGGUUGCUCGAGCACAAGAGAUUGGCGUUGGAGGAAGCCGUUGAGCGAGGAGUCUGCGAGAAGGUUUAUGAAAAGAUCUGGAACCAUCAGAGCACGGACGACGAAGCAAGAGACGAAAAACUAAGGUCAAGGACAGCAGCAUUGUCCGUGGUUGGAAUCGGCUUGAAAGAGCUACACAUGGACCAGGAUGGGGCGAAAGCGGAAGUUAGGAAGACAGCAGAGGAGAAAGAAGACGAGAUCAACCAGUCGCUGGCGGCUGCGCGAGAAGCCUUGAUCCACAUGGACGACGACAGAUUCCCGCUCGGUAAACUGCAGCGCCUCACGGCUGCUCACAAAGCAAUCGUAGAGACGCUGUCUCAGCUGUUUCCCUCCUCGUCUUCCGCUGACGAGAUUCUACCCACUCUCAUCUACACGCUCAUCACUUGCCCACACGAAGGGAUUAAUGUGGUCAGCAAUCUCAACUUCAUUCAACGAUUCCGCACGUCGAGCAAAGUAGACGGUGAAGCGGCGUAUUGCCUGGUCAAUCUGGAAGCUGCCAUCUCUUUCUUGGAAACAGUCGAUUUGUCAUCUUUGCGAGCGGAUGAGCUUCCCGAAGGGCCCGGAAAAUCUUCAAGCAGGCCGUCCACUCCGACUGCAGAGAAGCCGCCACCUUCACCAAGACCUCCACUCGGACGAAGCCUUACUCCAGGUCUGUCGCCCAUCACGGCGACCUCGAACGACGCGAGCACGCCUGGUAGCUCCACAAAGGCCGCACUUCCCUCGCCCAGUACACCCAAUCCGCCUGCGAGGCCCCAGCACCAACGUCGUAUAUCUGGGCUGAUGCAGGCCCAAGUAGAGAAGAUUGAAGCUGGAAGAGAGAAUUUUAUCAAGACAGCCGACAAGUUUUACGACUCUGUCAACGGGACGCUAGACAACAGUCUCCAAUUUUUGUUCGGCAGAUUCAAGGAACAAAUCGCAGAUGGCGAAUCACCAUUGCCCAAGACUCUGGAGGACGCCAGAAAACUGGUCAGCCAUGCGGAGAAAGGCGAAGACGAGGACUCUUUGACUUUGAGUGGACGAAGCAGUCCGGCAAUAGUUGAAGACCCUCUGAGCUCCGGUGGCAAGGCCACAGACGCGAAGCUAUUGGAGUUGCUUGGCGGGAAGAGGCAAAUACGAGAUGGAAGUGUUGAUAGCACGAAAUCGGGGAGCAGCAGCAGACGCUCGACUUGGGAUACCAAGACAGCAGUUGCCAAGGCCAAGGAAGAGCAAUCGCCCACGCCGCAAGGAAACCUGUUCUCCUCUCUCAACAACACCGUCAACUCCAUCAACCCGCUGAACCGGUUUGGAAUGCCAAACUUCUCGCGGUUCGGGCGAGCAGGCAAUACAAACAACCCCCCCGCCCAGCCCUCCCCACCAGCGGACAAAUCCAGCCGGCUGGGCGAUAUCGUGGAGUCACCUACCUCACUCAAGAGCGGAGACCUGACAGUCCCCCUGGAGAGGACACGGAGCCGAGAGAGCUCGCGGGACCUGAAUGCACGGGAAGCUCUCGCGGAGCUGAAGAAGUUGAAACCUCCCAAGAAGCGGUUUCUGGACGUGGAAAGUGCGAACCAGCUCAAGCUGGGCGAGGUCGAGGAGCUCUUGUUGGAGUAUCGACGGCUGGCGAAAGCUCUCGGGGAGGCUAUUGCUCAGUAA